AUGGUUUGGGCUCUUGAUCAGAUAGAUCAGGAUACUGCAAUUGGAGGCAGUUUAUCGCCAGAGGAAAUGGAGGAAGCAGAAGCCAUGUACCAAGAUGCAGCUGCAAAGGGCGUCUGUUAUACAACCAUGUGCGACGAUAAAUGCCGCAACGGCGACUACGAAGCUGCGCAAAUGAGGGGACAACCUGGCUUGUUGUCUACCAUGUCUCGUUGUCCUAAAAACCAGGUUCGUCGUCUUUGCUGCUCCAAAGGCGUCACUAUGGGAACCUGCAAAUGGCGAGGCUUCCGUGGCUUGGGACUGUCUUGCACGGGUGGUUGUCACGGCGAUGAGACUGAAGUUACUACCAACACCAACCAUGUCGACAAGAACGAAGACCAAACAUGUACGGGAGGUACACAGAGCUACUGCUGCUCCGGCUUCAAGCCUCCUAUUUCAAAAGAACAAAUCAGUGAAAAGAUGAAGGACGAAGCAGCCGACCUUGCUCUUGCUGCUGCCGAAACUCUUGCAAUGGAAAUAGCAGCAAAGGCCUUUUGUCGUGUUGCAAUCAUGGCCGCAACACUACCUCUACGCAUCAUUCCGUUUGUAGGCUGGAUAGCCUCUAUCGCGCUUCAGGUCGCAAUGCCCGCACUGGUCAAUGUCUGCGCCAAAGGAGUCGCCAAGGCCGGCAAAUCAGUCUUCAAGUUUAAGGGGAAAGACUACGAAGUCAAAGUCGACAAGCCUCUUACGAGCAAGGUCGACCGGCCGGCAUCCAAGUCACCGACCAAAGCUUCUGAUAGGCCAAAGACUUGUAGGACGAAGAGGGUGGCAGCCAGGGACUUGAGGCCUCGCAUCGACUGGACGACAAAGGCGUAUGACCCGCCUGUUGUAAGAGUCACGCACAAAGUAUGCAAUGGUGCGGUAGCAAAGCAGGCCUGCUACAACUACAGCUCUAUCAUCAACCGGCGACCUGAUCUCGCGCGUCUGACCUGCCCGUCUUACAGAUACCCUCGCCCAGACCGACCCCAAGUCGACGAAUACAACGAACAGCACCAUACCGACUGGAGCAGCGGCUGGCUUCGCUCCGCAGACCUCGAAUGCCAACGCGACGAAUACCCCGGCGCGGCAAUCUGGCAAGCCCGCGACGACAGUGUCUGGAUCCGCCUCAUCCCCCGUGCCGACAACUCUAAAGCAGCUCAUCUCUUCAAGGGCUGCCCCGAAGAAGAAGAAGAAGAGUUCGUCAGAGAAAGAUCCAUCACCACGACCGACGUAGGCUGCAGCACCCGCGACGUCUGGCAGAAAACCUAUCGUAAAAUCCAAGUAGUGAUGAACAUCGGCUUCAACAAUAUGGGCAACAUGCCCCCUGAUUUCGGCAUGACAGCCAAUCUAUGCUGGCCCGAAACACUGGUAAAUGAUCCAGGCUUCGCCCUUUUGACAGAUGACCCCUGGUACGCCGCCGGCAACAAUAGAGGCCAGUUCACGCGGCACUACGCUCAAGCGCCGUCGGCGCAGUUUACAAAUGGAAAGGUCAAUAAGCCCACUUGGGGCUGGACGAAACCGAGGGCAAACAAUGGCGAUGAUAUAAACAAGUUUAAGCGGUCGCCGAAUGACCUUGUUAUCCAUGAAGGGAAUUCGACGAGGAAACCGACGGAGGAGGAGUUAUUUGAGGAGUUGGGGCUGUUGGAGUGCAAGGAGAGGUAUUGUCAGAGGGAGAUGGAGGAACUGGGGUUUGCGUCGUUGCCGGUUGUGCAGGAGACAGUAAAGGCGCCCGUGGUAGUGCAGGCGGAGGCGACGCCGACGGAUGGGAGUGCGGUGGUUGAAGCGAAGGCGACGCCGGUGAGGAUGCAGGAGGCAGAUGUGUCGGUUAUCACGCCUGCGCCUAGGCAUCCGCACUACCGGUAUGAGUAG